UGUAGCAUUUUCCAGAUGAACCGAAUCAACUUUUUGGGAUGGAUGACUGAUCAUGCAUAAAGAUAUAUUCCAUUUAAUUCUCAGUUUGUAUCUUUUUUAGUUCAUAAGGUCAUUUUAUUAUCUGACAGUUUCUUGGUCAGAUCCCUCACAACAUCUUCUAGUUAACGCUAACUUGUAAAAGUACUCUUCUAAAAACCUCCCCUGCAGAAAGAAGCAAAGCUUUGGUCAAAGGCGGAGCUGGAGGAUUCCGUCACUCACCCACUGAACUACAGAAGAAAACUCUACGCUGCAUGAGUAGAGCUAAGUUUCCCAUCAGGAUAUCACAGUAGAUACUGAGACAAGAGUGGGUAGAUGUGUCAUGGUCACAAUGAACCUGACCUCCAGCUCUGAUCCUGUCUACUUCCUUACCAGCAGAUUUCCUGGUAUGAGAGACCAGCCAGAUACCAUCAUCAAAGCUGACUCUGCUAUCUUAGGUGGCUCCUACCAGAGUAUGGGCAAUUCAGCAGAUAACAGAACAUUAAUGCUGCCUCCAGAUGAGUUUAAUCCAUUAGGAGGGCAUACAAUCUGGCAGGUCAUCAUAAUUGUCCUCCUCACUGGAUCACUUUCUCUUGUCACUAUUGUUGGCAACAUCCUAGUGUUGGUGUCAUUCAAGGUAAAUAAGGCACUGAAGACAGUGAACAAUUACUAUCUGCUGAGCCUAGCUUUUGCUGACCUGACCAUUGGAACGCUGUCUAUGAAUCUGUAUACCACCUACAUCAUCAUGGACCAGUGGGCCCUGGGACCAGUUGUUUGUGACCUGUGGCUUGCGAUAGACUAUGUGGCCAGUAAUGCCUCUGUCAUGAAUCUGCUAGUCAUCAGCUUUGACAGGUAUUUUUCUGUAACCAGACCACUGACUUACCGGGCCAAGCGAACAACCAAGCGGGCCAUGACCAUGAUUGGAUUAGCCUGGUCUAUCUCUUUUAUUCUGUGGGCCCCAGCCAUUCUGUUCUGGCAGUACAUCGUGGGUGAGCGGACAGUACAGCCAAACGAGUGCUACAUUCAGUUCUUGUCUGAGCCUAUAAUUACAUUUUGUACAGCUAUUGCUGCCUUCUACUUGCCAGUAACUAUUAUGGCAAUCCUGUUCUGGAAGAUCUAUCAGGAGACAGAGAAGCGAGCUAAAGAUGUACAGGGUCUCAAGGGAUCUGGGUCAGGGAACAACCCAAAUCAGGCUCCACAUGAAAGGGGUAGUAGUGGAAAAAAAGGUGGAGAAAGUACACCCAACAACCAGAAUAUCUCAGCAGCUAUGCUGCACCAGGUGAGGUCCCAAAACUACAGCAGCUAUGGACUAAAUUAUUUGUCUUCUGAGAAGAACAACGCAAGCCUACCAGGAGGCGUAGAAAGUAGAGGGAAAUGCAACAUGUUCUGCUUUGAGAUUUCAUCUCUUCUGCCAGUUCACCAUGCAUCCAAGAGACUAAAUGCCACAUCACCACCAGCAGAACAGAGUAGCUGUGACAGCUUUAACAAUAACGAGGCCUGGGAUUCAGAAGACCAGUCAGGUUCAGAGGCAGAAGUCGAUGCAAGAUCUUCAAAAGAUGGUAAGAAGUCUAGAAAGGGGAAGGAAAACAAGGAAAAAUAUCCCCUGUCUACAAACAUAAGUCCAAGAGGAUCAAAUGCAGCAACCUCCAGUUCUGCUGACCUGUCACCUACAGCUAUCACCAUGAAAGACGCUGCAGUGGCCAAACGCUUUGCCUCCAAGGCCAAGACAGAGAUCAGCAAGCGCAAGAACGAAAAAAAGGCAAAUGAGAAAAAAGCUGCAAGGACACUUAGCGCCAUUCUGUUUGCCUUCAUUACAACAUGGUUACCAUAUAAUAUCAUGGUUUUGGUCAAUACUUUUUGUCAGGACUGUAUCCCUGAAACUCUCUGGGCUCUGGGCUACUGGUUGUGUUAUGUUAACAGCACAGUCAACCCCAUGUGCUAUGCCUUAUGCAACAAGACCUUCAGAACAACCUUUAGAGAUAUUUUAAUGUGUCAGUGGAAUCAAAGGAAGAACAAGCCUCAUUUUUAUCAGAGACAGGCUGUGGCAUUCCAUAAGAAAGACCCCAUGUAGAGUGUGGAUCUUUGUUUAAAGCUGCACUUUCUAAUCCACAAUCAGAGUUGGACGCCUUAACUUUAAUGGAAACAUAAUUAAUUGAAAUUCACCCUCACAAAUAUUUUUGUGUUCUAUUAAUUUAUUUGUGUAGUUAUUAUUGUAGGGUUUUUACAUUACAAUAUAAAGCCCCUUGAGGCAACUGUUGCUGUGAUUUGGUGCUAUAUAUAAAUACAGUUAAUUUGAAUGUUAUUGUAUUCUUGCUUUUUUACCAAGCUACUGUAGUAGAAAAACCUAUCGUCCAAAAUAUUGUAUCUUCAUUGCUUCAUUUGGAAUGGAUAAUUAUCUUCCACAGAUACUCCAAAUAAUCACGUUUCAUGUAUUUAGCGUCAUAUCCAUAAAAAAAACUGGUCACCAGAUAUUACAUAGUAAUACAGAUGAAUCACUAGAAUAUAUCACCUUCAGUGUUUUUGGUGGGUGUAUCUUUACAUUGCCCACAUGUCCAAAUAACUCAUGGAUUAAACAGUUUCUCCACCCUGGGGCCAAAUAAUCAGUUUCAGUGAAAAAACAACUCUCAGUUUAACUUAAAAAAAUAAAAAUAAAAAUAAAAUCUUUAGAAAAUUUAAUAUUUGCAAAGUUUGAGCCCAUAAAAUGACUUUGUGUAAAAUCUCUGACCUUCACUUUGGCACUUCUUUCAUGACACACUGUAUUUUUAUUUGCUGGUCCUAAUAACUACGAUGUUCAAGUAGAUUAAUUUCAGUUUCAUUUAUGAAAUGACAAUCUUGAAGGAUCUAUAAGUUUUCUGGAUUCAAUUCAAAUAAUAAUGUGUAAUAAUACAGAAUGAUACAGGGAAUACGUAUUGAGCAUGCUUACUGAAAUUUAUAUAAUUUUGCAUUGCUUGGGUGUGAUCUUUGAUCCAUUUUUUCACACAAACUGUCUUCAAAUCUUAAAGGUUUCAGAGUGUGAACUUGGAUUUUUAGUUCUUUCCAAAGAUUUAUAAAUGGAUUCAAGGCGGGGCCAUUUCACAAGAUGUAUUUUCUUUCUCCAAUUGAGAAUUUUCUAUCUGUGUGUUUGGGAAUUGUCUUGCACUGUCUACCCUUGUUUAACAUGCAGCAUCAUGGCUGAUGGCAACAGGUCAAGGAUGUCUUGGUACAUCACUCCAUUUAUCCUCCCUUUAGUUACAGUGGGGCAAAAAAGUAUUUAG